GGAAUUAGCCCGAACGGGAGACAGUUUGCUGAAAAAAUAUACGUUUCCAUCUGCCAAACCGACUCUGCUCGACAUUUUUGUUGCUUUUAUCCCGAGUGCACUACGAUGUUUAUUCGAAAUAAAAAAUAGACCUUCGCUCCUUUAUAUUUCUGCGAUAACAAAUUAUUCCUGUCAAAGUGUGCCGAGGCAGGACGAAUGUAAACACAACAUUUUGGUAUUUAUCGAGCAAAGUUGAACAAACCGGAGCAGCGAUUGAGUCGAGUCGAGUAUACGAAGCUCAGUCGUCGACAACGCCGUUGAUAGCUUAUCCACAUUCUUUCAAAAUGAACGUCGAAUAUUUUAAAACGGAAUUCGUGAAUUUUCUGCGGCGCUUCGUGGCACCGAUUAACGACCAAAAUGUGAUACCAAUUUUAACGCCUCUAACUUACGAGGAAGUAAUCAGGGCGACUACGGAAGUUAUAAAUUCACAAAUUAACUCCGUUUUCGCGGAUUCGAGCGAAAAUAUAAAAACGCCCUCCGUUGGAAUAAUGGUGAUCACGCCAGACGCUCCAGACAUUCCGAAAAUUAAUAACGAGCACGGCGAAAAUGGCGGCAACCUGGCAAGGUUCCGAACACUCGACGAACCGGCCCCGGGCAACUUCAAAGAUACACCGAACGAGCAAGUUGUCACGGCGAGCCCAUUACCGACUAAGAUUGACGACACUGUCGAUAGUGCAGACAAGAAUUUCCCGAGCGAUGAAAAAAAGGAGCAGGUCGUCGUUCAAAAAACGAGCCCUUCACUCGUGCGAUCGGAUACAUACGUGCGUGGAAAUAAUUUCGGAAAUGCUUCAAAAGAUGACCAAUUUGGAGGAACUGUUCUUCCCCAAUUCCCCGGCAACGGUUUGGGAACCGACGAUUUCUCUAUCUCGAAUCUCAACGUUCCUGAAUUCCGUGCGAAGCUGAAGAUUCUUCGAGAAGUUGCGACGGAGGUGGUGAAGAAAAUCGAUGAUUUGGAGACGAAUGUUCCGGAAAAUACGCGUGCGAUUCGUCGUUUGUCAACCCUGGGAUGCUUCUCCGGCUUGAGUCGGAACGCGGUGGCGACAAGAACGAUCCAGCGACCGAAAAUGGGGCGUCGAUCAUUGACCGCGUUCCCAGGGACACCAACGUCCUCGAGGAUGAGUCCUAGGGGAGAAAAAAUGAACUUGUCGAGCAUGAAAAGCUUGUCCACCGUCGUCUUGACGAAUAUCAACAGUUCGAGACUAACGAUGCCAACGACCGUCCGUUCAGUGAGUUCGGGGAGCAUCGAGAAAAAAGCUUCGCCGAGGUCGGCUCAAGUAUCGCGUUUACCUACGGCGAAAACAAUGAAGUCAGUUUCCUCAACAGUGCGCUCGGUGAGUUCAGGAACUCUCAAGUUGACCAAAAAAUCAUUCAAGAGUCCGAAUCAGGGGACUCAUUUGUGCAGCACCAAGUCACCAGCACUGUCGCUAAUGAGCUUGCCCAGUGAGGCUCUAGACCGACCGUUGAAAAACCCGAAGUACGCUCACAUCCCGAGCACCAUCCCGAAACCAGGAACCGUACUUGGUAAACGUAAAGCUGAUGAAUUUUGAAUAAUUUCAAGGAAGCAAACAAACGCGAAACGAAACGAUGCUUGGACGUAAAAACGCAAGCCGGAUAAAUAUUUUUAAACUCUGUAAAAAAUUAUCGUAAUGACCAAACACUGAUUUUUUCAUUCGAUGCUGAAUUCCAGUGGCUCAAUAUUUGGCUCGAUGUUUAGAACUUGCUGGAAAUUCCUUAUGAGGAAAAACAACAUGUACAGAAUUUUAGAAUGAUAUUACGCAGGCUUUAUUUAGUGAGGAAAUAAUGACGAUCAAUAGAAUUAAAUGAAAUUUCCAAAAACAA